GGAGAAGACGAAGAAGUCGUUCUGCGUUCUUAGUACGACGCCAUUCGCGAUGUCGAAGAAGGCACCGCUAAAACUGCGCCCCAUCUUGAAGAAGAUCGGACUGGGCACCUCGAGUGUUCAACAGGAAGCAGAGUUCGGCAAGUCGGCUAGCACGUCCACCACGGCAAGCGCUACCCCGACUCCUGUCUGGAGUGUGGUGCCCUACACUGGCGCCGAACUACCGACGGGACAGACAGCGCUGGAGUCCGCUGCCCACACAGCCAGCGCGAGCAGACUUCAAACUGAAGGGACUUCCACCGCGCCAACGGGAACUGCACCCACACCAUCGGACCAAAGCGUCGGCAGAACGACACAAGGGAACGAGCGGUUGAGACGGGAUGAUGGAAUUGUCAAGGCGUCAGUCAAAGUAAGACCAAAGAAGACUCGACAGAAAACGCAUUCCCGCAUCGCCAUGGCGCUCGCAGCUGUGUUUGGCUCCUUCUCCGUUGUCCUGGUGUCGGUCGUCCUGAUCGUCGUGUACAUCGCCGCCACGCAGCCCAAGGUAAUGGCCACUUGCGACACCUCCGACUGCCAGGACCAUGUCAGCGCCUUGGGCCUGAGCCGAAUCCACGGCGCGGACCCGUGUGAGGACUUCGGCCGCUUCGUCUGCUCGGGCUGGAUACACAAAUAUAAAAGAAUCCCCCAGACCCUCGUCCACGACGUCUUGGUCGACUGGCUUUAUCGAAUAGCGGAACUCACUUCGAGCAAGGCGGCCGCGAAUGCCGCCUCGAACAAAGCGCAGCAAAUGAUGAUAGCCUGCGCUACGAAGGCCGACGACUACGCUGCGUCCCUGAGCGGCCUCAAGAGCUUCAUGGUGGCCCUUAGGUUUGCGUGGCCAGAAAACGAGUUUCACAUCGGCCCCGACGAGUACGCCAAGUUCCUUCAACUCCUGAUCGAAUUGGACGUGAAUUGGGCGCUCCCCUUGUGGUUCCACAUCGAGCGACACGACACUUUCGGAAGCCGAGGGCGAACGUUCGUUGUCAGUUCGUCCUUCAUGGCGUCCGUGUGGCAGUACUUCAACAAGAAACUCCGGGACUACAGAGGCGCCUACGACUGGUACCUGCACCUUUUCGAGAUCUGCUUGUUUCGGGACGACCUUUCUGUUCACGGGGCUUUCCACUAUUUCCUCAAGGACAGCGCUGACGUGCAGUCGGCCAUCUUGAGAGCCCUCGGCAAUGCCGACAAAUCGAGGGUGUACCGGCCGCGACUCAUUAGACUAGGAGGCACACCGGCGAUAGCGAGUAAGCUCACACCCGUAAUGUGGAUGGACGUGUUGCGCGAGGUCUAUGGAAGUGACGCCCCCGUCAUGGUUGGCGACUUCCUCGUGGCGACCAACGAGCGUCUAAUGGCAGCCAUUGAGGAGCUGUUCGUGGCCUUCUCGGCGCAGACGCUUUGGUUUCACACGACCUGGUGGUUUGUUCAAAGCGUGGGCACCUUUUCGAGCAAUGUGCUGCCUGCGAUCGUAGCAGCCGUCGACUUUGGGAAGCUAGGAAGUGUGCUGAACACCGUGUACUGCGUUUUGCAAGUGGAACUUACCUACAACGCUCUUUUGGCUGCCAUAACCAAGUCUCAGUUUACGGAAGAUGAGGUGCGUGAGAUUCCUCGCUACUUUCAUCGCAUCAAGACUCUGGCGAUCGAAAAGAUCAGCUCAAGUGACCGCAUGAACCAUACCACGAAGUCUACUUUGCUGAAUGUCCUUAAGCAAACAGCUACCGUCAUUUGGCCAGAAGGCGGCCUUCGGUCGCAGGGAAGCUUCGACAGGCUCUAUGGCGCGGUUGACAACGACUCCCGUGACUUUUUCUCGCAGUGGUACAGUGCUCGUCUAACGCUACAGAAGUCCAGAGGCAGCUCCCUAUAUGAAGAGGCAGUGAAGAUUUACCGCGUUAGCAACAACCGGCUAUUCGAGUACAAGUACAUCCCGAACGCCGUCUCGGCAUCCACCGCCAGCAUACACCCACCGCUGUAUUACUCAAACGGCACAAGCGCGAUGAUUUAUGGGGGCAUCGGUUUCCUCUUUGCGAAGGAACUGGUCGACGCGCUAAAUUUAAUGAUAUUGCGCCCGAUUCCCAACGAGACGAUUUGGGGAACCAGCUCGACAUGGCGACUCUGGGAUGCAUUCUCGUGCCCUGCAGCAGAUGACAGGGAGCAGGUGGUAUUCCCCAUGCUGCCUGCUCUAGAUAUCGCUUAUUCAGCGUACAAGCGUUUUCGUGACCCGAUGAAAGACUUGCCUCUCCAGGGCCUAGACUCGUACACUCCGGAGCAAAUAUUUUUUCUCACGUUCUGCCACACUACGUGCAGGAUUGAAGUGCUGACGGGAGCACAGUACUCCCCUGAUUGCUCUGUGGCGGUGAGAAACUUUGAACCUUUUGCUAGGGCUUUCUCGUGUUCUCCUGGCUCCAAAAUGCACCCUAUUAAUAAGUGCCGCUAUUUCUAAGACUGGCAAUCUUCUCCUCCUCUAGGUAUAUUUUUUUUUGCUUGUAUCGUUUUAGAUUAGUGUUGAUCUCUUGUGACAAAGUCGCUCCUACUAUUCCGCGCUUACUUUCGUGUUGUGUAAGCUAAGAACACAACUUAUAAAAUUACCACGACUUCAAAACAAGAUUGGUACGCAACACAGCCACAUCUUUAUUUAUGUUUCCGGCUACCUUGAUGUACUGACGUGUAAAGAAAUAUGCAAGACAAACACCGCGCAGUAGACGUCAGUGCACACUGAUAACCAGGGUUGAACAGUUCGUAAUUCAGAGAACAGUCCCCUCCCAUUCACUUUCCCUGAUUUGCGUACCUCAAUCGGUAGUUUAGCGCUGGUGCUGUGUGUACUUGUGCGCAGUCGUUUUUUUUUUUUGCAUUGUUUAACCUGCAGUAUGGUGCGCUAACUUGUCCAAACAGAAGCACUCCGUAGAAAGCGCUCGUCACCAUCAUUCGCAUUUAUCUAGUGCCGUUAGCAGUAGAGUAUAAAAUUUGUACACUGACUUCUGAGCUUCGAUUUGGACAUUACGACGUAACCAUAUUUCUGCCGGGCAGUAUACCUUGCUUCGGUCACCUUACUCUCCGGCAUAUCCACUCCAGCACAUCACUAAACACUCAUUUACCCGUGACGCUCUCAAUAACUCGUGCGGCUGCUAACGCUGCAUCCAAGCACGACUUAUCUCUUGAGUAUACUUGUAACACUCGUAUCGCAUCAAUAAUAGCGAAAAAAGCGCUAUACUAUAGGCGUAUUUCUUUGAUCUUGACUGACGUUACCGCAAAGCGGGUAAAUGCAUCUGUUCAUGGGAUUUUCGAUGUGAUCCCAAAACGGUACAAACGGAAUACUGGAGGGUAGGGGACCUUAAAACGUUUCUAUAGCGGAAGGAAACCAUGCACCGUAGUAAUAAAUACAGUACGACUUUACCGCCGUGAACUACAAGCAUGUGCUAAUACCGCCACAUACAUGAAUAAGCAGAACCUUGGUGCCACUCUUAACAGCAAAAUCCACUACCUCGUCAGGAUUAGAACUGCUUCCAAGAUUAUCACAUGCAACAACAUAACGAUAGCGACAAGCCAAAGCAACGAACCGUGAACGGUCGUUUCGAAGGCCAAGAGAGAACAUCCAUCAAUGUUAACGGCGGCAUCGAGUUUUAUUGCUUCGGUUGUACUUGGCUGCUGGUGAUCAAAAAAACCUAUAAGGAGGUUGGGGAAGCGAAUAUAAACAAAAUUGUGCACGUAUCACGAGCUGUGGCAAGUGGUUUAAACGGAUCUUUCAUUGGUGUUUGCGAAGAACGAUGUACGUGUUCGGUAGCUAUUGGCAUGGAUAUAGAGCGCAUGACCAAGUUGAACACGCACUCGUAUUCUCCGGGAAAGGGUUUGCUCAAUGUAAAAUGGUGGGGCUGCGCCAUCGCAGACACGUACGACAGAAACUAUAGAGUAUAUUGCAUGCACUGAGCACCGUACCGAACUUGUGCUACGGUAAGUGUUUCUCAAAGCACUUGUUUGCACUCUUAAAUCCACGGUGCGUUUCCGCGCUUAUCUGCUCACUGCCGAUGAUGCUGCGCCUGCUUCGCGACUAAAAACAAGUGCGCUCACGCGUUCCUGGCCAUUCGCUGCGUAUCGACGUUGCCCCGAUUCGCGUUUAAUUGCACGAAAUACAGUUUCUUAAAAUCGUCUCGAAACAGCUACCAACGGCUAUAGACGUCUUCGUCUAAGCGAAGACGAGUGAUUGAUGUCUUUCUCCAAACAUAACUGAGGUUCCCUGAAAUGCACUCGUAUUUAACUUAUAAGCGGUAGCAAACUAUUACUAGUGUCGCCACAGAAUACUUUGGUUAACGCAUUCAAGACGUCUACUCAAUAGCUUCUUUAGAUGUUUUUUUCCCCAAAUGUUCAUGAAAUAUCAAUACGGCUUGUUAGAAGUACGGUGACCAUCGGUGUGAAUGAAUAAAAGACGCCACAGACAGAAUGACCUCGUAAGAAGCAACCCAAGCUGGCGCAGUAGAGAGCAUUCCGCCACUUUGAGGAAUAUUUCCAGCGGUCUUCAGUGCUCAUCACUUCCACACGAAGCUCCUCCACUUAAGUUUUAUAGUCGUCGUAUUGAAGAAUUUUCGGCCCCGCGUGACGCUUCUUCCCAGUCUCUGU